UGGCGCAAAUGGAUUCGACCUCUGAUUAUCACCGGCUAUGUGAUAAUUAUUUGUAUUGUGUUACCCCUGUUAAUUGUUGAACUGUAUAAAAAGGAUGCACCAGAUCAUGUGAAGGGGUGGUUUGUAGCUGGUGUUUUCACUUUAUUAUCUUUACCCAUAUCCUUAUGGGGUAUUCUACAACAUCUAGUCUAUUUUACCAAACCAGUUUUACAAAAAAAUAUCAUCAGGGUAUUGUGGAUGGUUCCAGUUUAUGCUCUCAAUGCAUGGUUGGCUCUAUUGUUUCCAGUAGCAGCUAUAUAUCUAGAUACCAUCAGAGAAUGCUAUGAAGCUUACGUUAUUUACAACUUUAUGAGCUAUUUAUUAAACUAUCUGAGAACUGAACAUCCAUAUUUAGAGUAUGAUUUGGAAAAUAAAGCUCAAGUCAAACAUUUCUUCCCCUUUUGUCUUUUACCACCAUGGACAAUGGGAAGGCCAUUUGUUGAGAGAUGUAAACAUGGAGUAUUACAAUAUACAAUAGUCAGACCUCUUACUACUGUUAUAGCUUUAUUUUGUGAAUGGGGUGGUGUGUAUGAAGAAGGUGAUUUUAAUUUUACAUCAGCCUGGUCAUAUUUAGUCAUAGUGAAUAACUUAUCUCAAAUAUGGGCGAUGUAUUGUUUAGUAUUGUUUUAUAAAUUAACUAAAGAAGAAUUAGCACCAAUAAAACCAGUACCUAAAUUUAUGUGUGUUAAAGCUGUUGUCUUUCUCUCAUUCUGGCAAGCUGUAGUAAUUGCUGCAUUAGCUAAACUUGGUGCAAUUCCAAAAAAUGGCCCCUGGUUAUUUUAUCAUUCUGUAAAGGAAGUGGCAACUGGAUUGCAGGAUUUCUGUAUAUGUAUUGAGAUGUUUUUUGCUGCUAUAGCUCACUAUUUCUCUUUCUCCCAUAAACCAUACAUGGAUAUGGCUGCUGAUAGAUCUAAUUGUUGCUCAUCAUUUCUAUCAAUGUGGGAUGUUUCUGAUGUACAUAAUGAUGUACUAGAGCACGCUAGAUUUAUAGGUAAGUUAUUAAGA